GUUGGUCAAGUCGGAUUCCUAGAGCGCGAAAAUGCGUCCAUUCUGAACGCUUCCAUCUUGACGUUCGCCCAAAGAACUAUCCUCGGCUUCCCAGGCUGCCAUGAAGGUUCUCAACCUCACGUGUCCUCUAUUCCUUACGCAGAACGACGGCACCCUCACCUCCGCAGCAUCUGCUGCGCGACUACCCAUCCGUACGUUUGCGUCAGGACCAACGAACUCAAUGCGGGGUGCCGUGUUCCUGGCUGGCCCUGAUGAAAAACGGACAGGACAACAACGCAAGUCGAUCAUUGUUGCCGACGUCGGCGGUACAACUACCGGUGUGGGCGUGCUUCCGUCUGGGUUCCUACGACAGGUAGCGUCGUUCAUUGAAGCAGGAGGCAUGCGCACGAACUUCUCCAUGGUGGAUGUGCAGUCGAUUGGGCCGGGAGGUGGCUCUCGUGUGAUGGCGUCUGAGACGCCUCAGGGCCGCACCGUGGCGGUUCGUCCCGACUCUGUCGGACAUUACAUCACAAGAGAUGCAAAGGUAUUUGGAGGAGACAUAAUGACGACGACUGGCAUUGUCGUCGCGAGCGGUCGUGCAAACCUAGGAGAAAGGAGAAAGGAGCAGCCAUGGACGCAUUUAACGGACGGCGAGCGCAGCAGCAGCUCUACACUGCUGCAAAGCCCAGUCGGCACUUACCGUAUUGGGCAGGGGCCAAACAAUGCCACAGACGCGCCGCACCGCGCCUCGCUUCGCUUCGCAGCGGGCCAGCACCCCCAGCACCCCCUCUCACCCAAUCUCAGCGCCGCCCUCUGGUUUUGGCAGCCGCGCGCGCCCAUCCAGGGAGCAAGGACCGCGUCUGCCAUCCUCCUUGAGCGCGGCGAGCCCGCCGCAAGCACCGGUGCAGGCCAACCAAUUUCUUCUCCCAAGCCUCCCCCUGCGCCAGGCUGGCCUCCGCUGCGCCGGAGCCCCCCAAGUGUCGCGCGGCUCCACGCCCUACAUUCGCGCAUCGCAGCGAGCAGGGACCUGCAGCUCCCUCUCCCUGAUUCCGCGCUGGCCUCUCCAGCAAUUUUCCUGCAGGUCCAACGCCUCCUCUGA